GGCGUGGCGGCGGUGGUGGGGGCGGUGAUGGUGGCGGCGGCGGGGAUGGAGGAGCAGGAGCAGGGGGGCAUCACAGUGGAGGACAACGGGUACAGGAACGUUUUGGUCGCUGUUUCCCAGAACGUGAGCGAGGAGGAGUCAGGCGAGAGUAUAGUAAAUGACAUAAAGGAGGCGAUGACGGCGCUCUCGCAAACUAUGUUGCGGGCGACUCAGCGGAGACUCUACGUAGCGGAAGUGACCAUCCUGCUACCCAUCACCUGGCGGAACACACAGCAGUACCAGGAGGCAACCACGGAGACGUACUUGAAUAGCAAGGUACGAGUGUUGCCCCCAAAUCCAAUCUACGGUGACCAGCCCUUCACGGUACAGCCAGGGGGGUGCGGGGAGCCCGGCCUGUACCUCCACCUCACCCCACGGUACCUGGGAGAUGGGGAUGUGGCGUGCAGGUGGGGUGACAAAGGCAAAGCGUUGAUGAGGGAGUGGGCGCGGUUGAGGUGGGGUGUGUUUGAAGAGCAUGGAUACAAGUCCGAUCCCGUCUUCCCCGCUUACUACUGGCACGCCGCGGGGGUCCAGGAUGAGCCGCGCCUCGUCCCCAACCACUGCACCGAUGAACCUGUCCUCGGCAAGUUCGUCAAGUCGAACACCAGCAAGGAAUGCCAGAUGACCAAAGAAGAUGAGGAGUGCCACUUCGAGCCCCAGUACCUGCAGAACGCCACCUCUUCACUUAUGGGCAACCACCACCUCUCCAGUGUCCAUUCGUUUUGUGACUCCGCUGAAAGGACUCACAACAAUAUCGCCCCAACCCGCCACAACCUCAAAUGUGGACAACCCGUGUGGGACGUGAUGAAUCUCCACCGAGACUUCAUGGGAAACAGCACCGUGGCCAAUGAGUUCCCCGUGGCGCCUCGCUUCACCGUGGUUCGCGAAGUUGCCGCCAAGUACGUGGUGGCGCUGGAGACGACGCCGGUUGUGUUGGGGAGCACGGGGAGGAAGAUGCUGACGCAGGUGACGGCUGGAUUGAGGCACUGGCUGAGGGAGGAGGUGGCUAACGAGAGCUAUGUGGGCGUGGUGGAGUUUGGCAUAAUGGACAACUUGAAGAAGUCACUAACACGAGUAGGGAACAGCUCGCGCGACGCCCUCCUGGCCACCCUUGACUCCCAGGAACAGAUACCCGGGAAGCCCUGCUACAUAUGUGCCCUCCGCUACGCCAUGCAGAUCCUGGGGAGAAAUCGCAACAACUCCGUCAUUCUCCUCGUGGCCAGCGGGCAGGAACCUUACGAACGCGCCCACUCCGAGGACAUUCUGGAGGAGAUAAAGAUAAACCGGAUACGCCUUCUCUGCCUCGUGUUCAGUGAGGAUGGCCCGGGGAGCGAACACCUGCGUGAGGCGACUUCCAGGACUGGAGGGAGAAUGUUCAAUCUAACAACUGGUCGUGAGAGCGAGGUGGUGGAGGAGUAUCUGCGGGAGGCUCUGCGCUCACAACCCCGCACGCCCAGCGCAGUCAGGAUGCUGAUACAACAGUCCCACAUCCCCAGUUCAAAUAGGCUCCUAAACCAGACCUUCGCCUUGGACGCCGGACUAGACACGGACCUCAACUUUACUCUUACGCCAGUCUUACUCGCGACGGUGCCUUACCUCGUUAGUCCUUCCGGACAGCGAAUCAACACUAAACUAUCUUCAAACUCCGACCACUAUUCCAUCCGCGUGGCCAACCCAGAGACGGGACUUUGGUUCUGGGAGGUGGGACUUCUUACAUACAGUCGUAAUGUCAUCUCCGUCAUCAUCACGGCGCGAACCAACAACUCGGUCCCGCUGCAGGUGGAGGCGUGGGCCAACACACGAGGCGGAAUGCGGAGCCUCAUUCGGUCCCACCUGAUCCUCUUCGCCCGCGUCAGGAGGCACGAGGCGCCCGUCACCAACGCCACAGUGAGGGCCCUCGUCAGCUACGGCACACCCCAAGCAACCCCGCAGGAGGUGUUUCUGCUGGACAUCGGGGCCGGGGCGGACGGGGUGGCCGGGGACGGGAUCUACUCGCGCCACUUCACUAACUUCACCAAGACCGGCUGGUACUAUGUCAAGAUCGAGGUUUUCGGCGACAACUCUACGCGCUACAAAAAGGACUCUUUCCAGCACCCCUCCCUGCAGGACUUCCGCUACUCCUCCUUCGCCGGCUGCCCCGAACCGUCCGCGGAAGACCCGGCAACCCUGUGCUGCGGGAGAGCGGUGCCUUCCAACCCUGAGCACGAGGAAAAGACUGGUCCCUUCAACCGCACCGUCCUCCUGGGAUCAUUCUGGUUCGAGAGCAACGAGGGGACCAAUUUUCCCCUCCCUCCGAGCCGCGUGGAGGACCUGCGGGUGGUGAAGGCGUACACGAGCCGCCUUGCCCUGGUCUGGACGGCACCGGGCGGGGAACUUGACCAGGGGAACGUCACAAGUUACCAGUUCCUCCUAACGACCCACUUCAGCAGCAUGCCCGAUAACCCGCUCCUCCGCCUCACCUACCCCAAGGACAACGCGACCAACUCCACAACUCUCCUCCGCCUCCCCUUCGGCCACCCCGCCAACUUCACCCUCGACCUGCCCACAACGCUGUUCGAGAAGCGCCUGUACUUCCUCGCCCUCAGGAGCAAGAACAAGGCCGGGGAAACUAGCGAGCUUUCUAACGUGGUGAGGCUGGUGCUCGUGAAAAAGCCUGCGGAGAACGACAACAAGGGCAACACGACAGGGGGGGAUGGGUCCGAGGUGGAGGGCGGGAGGGGAGGAGGAGGACCCAGCCUGCCACUCACCUCGUUGUCGGAGUCGGGGAUAGGAUGGGAUGACGUGGCGUACGUAUGUGUGUUGAUAUUCUUCUUGCUCACGUGUAUGUGGUGAGGGGAGGAGCAUGUGAGUGGGUGCUUCUUAGGGCCAAAUAAACCAAGGAGAAUAAGCCCACCACUCGCUGUUCCUACAACAUUAAAUAGUCAUUAGAUCUGCAUAAUAGGGUUGAUGUAAUGUGUUAGUGUGCUUAGGACAAACGAACUGUGUUAUGAGAGAGAGACUAUGUAUGUUUUUAUGCACAACACGACUCCUGACGCAUGAAACUCGUAGAAAAGUAAGUAGUAGUAGUAGUAGAAGUAGUAAUAGAGGGGUGAGAGUAAUAGUAGAUUCGUCACGUUAAGUUGUGUAGGAAGUGUAAAAUAAAAAGUGAUGAAAGGUAAUCGUAAGCCAAACCAAGUGAGAGAAAAAGUGUGAUGAAAUUCCUUACCUCUUGGUGCCACGUUUAAUUAACCACUCUCCCAGGCCUUGAGGAGGGUCCGGUAACUCUCCUCCCUCUUGGCCAGUGAGUACGAUGCCCUCCCCAACCUUCGACUUUUCCAUCACCGCGAAGUACAAGAUAAAAAAAAGUACAAGAUAAAAAGUGUGUAUGGUCGGGGGGAGUUUGAGAGUAUUUGAGGCGUCACUGUUGUUUCUUGGUGUAACAGGAUGGGGUGAAAACAAGAACGACCCUUUCCUAUUGUGUCAUUGUGUUGUGUAUGUCUGCCUUAUCUAUUUAGUAUAUCUGCCUUGCCAUCCCGUUUCUUCAGCAAUGCAUGUACGUACGUGUGUGUGUAACUAUGUGUCUUUCAAGUGUAACGUCCAGUACCUCGAAGUAGCAUUGUGAAGUGUACUAUAGUCUGUUCACUAAGUCCGACCCAAGCUGACAACAAGCGUGUUUGCAACCUGAGUGCUGAUUGGCUACUGCUAUGGCUCCGAAGUUUUCUUUAACCUCUGUUUGUGUUUACCUCACGCAGCACAUUCUCCUAACCUGCACUGUGCUUACGAACACGCUUAGGUUAAUAUUGUCAGCUUGGGUCAGACUUAAGUGAACAGACUAUAGUGUAGCGAUCCUUCACAGCCACAUCAGCCAGGUAGAGAUGAAGCUGUAUUGUCAUGUCGUUGUUGUUGAUGUGUAUUAUUUUUCAUAUCCGUGUCUGCUCAUGGAGAGAACUGUUUGGGUCCAUAUCAGUUGUAUUUUCCUUUGAUGUCCUUUCAUGGAUCUCAAUAAUAAUAAGAGUAAUAACAAUAAGGUGAUGGUUCUCCUCUCCGCCGCGGCUCAACAAGCAUCAGUGUCUUGACGAGGCCGCCAGUGCGUGAUGUUCUACCGUGAAUCUCGUCUGUGUCAGCACGAUGGGCGGAAAUAUUUGUAACUGUUUAGGAUUGGCGUCUAUUUUGUUCACGUGAUUCUCAAUACCAACAUACAAACACACCAUCUUUUCAU